AUGAAGUUCUCCACAGCGCUUCUAUGCCUUCUGCUCACAGCUGCCAGCUUCAGCACCUUUGUCCUUGCUCAGCCAGAUUCAGUUUCCAUCCCAAUUACCUGCUGCUUCAGCAUGGUCAAAAGGAAGAUCCCCAUGCAGAAGCUGGAGAGCUACAUGAGGAUCACCAACAGCCAGUGUCCCCAGGAAGCUGUGAUCUUCAAGACCAAAGCAUCCAGGGAGAUCUGUGCUGACCCCAAGCAGAAGUGGGUCCAGGAUUACAUGAAUCACCUGGACCAAAAGUCCCAAGCCCAGAAGCCUUGA